UGUUGCCUGCUGAGUUGCAAUUAACGCCUGCAACCCAAAGAAUCCGGCCCGGUGUGCCAUUUGAGUUAACCUGUAUCUCCAGUGACCCAAGCAUUGCACCAAGUUUCAGAACAAUUCCAGCGGCUCCGUCUGUGCGAGUCAUAAGACAGGGUCCUGGCCGUGAGACUUUACGCUUCCUCGAAGGAAUUGAUCACCGUGGCAAUGGAACUAUUGUUGAAUGCUACGCCCCCGGUGCUGAGCCUAAACGAGCAUAUGUAUUUUUGGAUGACGCUUGCCCCGUUGGCUUCCGGCGUUGCAAUAGUGGUCAUUGCAUCCAUCUAGCCAAAUUCUGUGAUGGUAACAUCGACUGUCCAGAUGGAUCGGAUGAGAGUCCUGAAAGAUGUCGUAAGUGUCAUAGUCAUCAUUACUAA